AGGGGUAUUUUUGUCUUUUCACAUUUAGGGGUAUUUUUGUCUUUUCAAUUUUCUCUAAUGGCUAGGUGUCAUCUUCUUGGUUAAUCAAUUUUUGCCCUUUCACUUUCCUAUUGCAAGGUGUCUUUCAAUGGUGAUCUGAAUGUAUGCAUGUGUUCCUCUAUGUCAUCCUUCUAUUUUCCCUCUACUGAUAUCACUAUUUUCACAUCAAAGUUCACACCAUUUACCAGAGACCCUUUUAAGCUCAAAGGCCUUUCCUGAUUUUUCGAUAAAGUGUGAAGAUAGGAAUUUGGAAUUACUACUACUGCAGUCUCAGCGCUACAGUUACCAGCCAUGACAGAAAGAUUGAAUAUCAACGAAAUCGACGAGCACACAGAAGAAUGGAUUUGUAAAGUUCAAGUGGUAGAUAAAGGUCAUCCCCGAACCACAAGGGAGGGAAACAAGAAAUAUCAAUUGAUGAUAUUACAGGAUGAAGAGGAAACUCAAAUACAAGUUAUCAUGCACGGUACGGAUAUCACAUAUUAUGCAAAUGAGUUUGUUCCUUUUCAAACAUAUUUGCUAUCGGGGGCAUUUGUCUCCGAGUCGAUCAAGGCGUAUGGAAUUCCUCUUCAUCAAUUCAGCUGGACAAUUGAUAAGGGCACAAUUGUUGAACCAAUAGAUAAAGUCGUACCCCCUGAACCACCAUUGCUGCCACCAACGCUGCUAAAAACUACAUCGUUUGACAGUUUCGAUUAUCAAGUUAUAGGCUUUGAAUUCGACAUUCUUGCCCUCGUGAUAAAUGGUAGUCCUCCAUCAUAUGCCUCAAACGGAAACAGAAUUCAAGAAUUCAUCAUCAUCGACUAUGAGAGGAAACCAAUAAAACUCACUCUCUGGGAAGAAUUCAUCGACCUAUAUGGAAAUAAACUUCUCAAACAUGUGAAAGAACUUCAACAAUUUCCAGUAAUUAUCGCCAGAAAAGUAGCCAAAUCAAAAUCAUCUUCAGGCCUUUCAAAUAGAUUUGGUACAACAAUCCAGAUUGAUCCUCCAUAUCCACAAGCUAUCGCAUUAAAGACAUGGUCUGAUGAAAUAAAACCGGUUCUCAACACAUACACAACAAAAAGCACCACAGCUACAGGCUCUCUUUUGUUUGUGCCAUUUGAAGAACACAUAGUGCCUAUUGUCAACAUCCAGCAACAGUCCUUGGGACAAGUAUUCUACGUGCAAGCUCAAUUGUUAAUAUCCAAUGAAACUCAAAAAUUCUGUGUCUUAGUUUGCUCUGACUGUAAGCAAGUAUUUCCAAGGAUUUGGACACAGAGAACAUUCUAUUGUACAACUUGCCGUCGACCAACACAACUCACACCAAGAUGCCAGUUUGAAGUAACCAUCAAGGAUGAUACUGGUUCAGCAACAGCCAUGAUUUCAGAUAAAAUUGGAGAAGAACUAUUGUCUCUAACUGUAGCAGAAAUUCAUGACACACGUUGCAUCAAGAAACAACUGUUGUCACUCAUAUCGGUGCAACACAAACUGCUAGGUAAGACAUUCACCGUCCAAAUAAAGAAAUUGUUUGCCAAAAACAAGGAUGCAUCUUCAGCAAAACUAUUUAUCAUGUCAAUCACCGAGAAAGAUAUUGCUAGCAAUCUGCCACUGCCCGUCAACGCACCAACAACUCCAGAAAGCAGUAAACGCAAGCUGAAGCAAAUCAUGAUAAAAGAACACUAAAAGUGUAAUACUUUUUUGCAAUAUGGUUGGCAACACCAUUUUGUCUAGAUGGCGUACACUUUUGGUGCUGAUAGCAUGGACUUUGCUGCAUUGUUAUAAGAAAUUGACAGGUGCUUUUUGAAUGAUGCUGACUAAUAGUCAAAAUGCAGCAUUAUGUAAAUAUUGUACAUAUCCAACCUAAAUAACACAGCCAUGACAACGAACAAAACAACAGCCAACCAUAUUUUAUAUAUAUAUAAUAUAUCUAUCCAUCUCUCUCUC